AUGGCGUCUUCAGGUGGUGGUGCAUCUCUCACACCACUCGUCGACUUCUACUCCAAGCUGCCCAAAGGCCCAAACCCAGUGACCGCCGGCUGGGGCCUCAAGGCUCGCUAUUUCAACGGAAAAAAUGCCAGUGGCACUCCCGUCGUCCUCCUGGUUCUGGGCGUCUUUGGAAUUGGUUACACCAUGUCCUACCAGACCCAUUUGAAACACCACAAGAACCAUCAUCACUAG